CAUAUCACUCGGUUCACAUCUUGCUUUCCGUAGUCGCAGCUCUUUGAGCUGACGGAGAGGCCUACGGACAGCCUCAGGCCUCUCCGUCUAUACGCCACAUACAGAGCUCAUGUCCUGCACUUCCUGUUUAAUCUGAACAUUUCAAGUUACACCCGAUUUGGCCUCUUUUACAUUCAGUUUCUACAUUCACAGUCAAUAAUCGCCCAUAUUCGAACAUAAAGCCGGCCAUUGAGAGAAUACAUGGACAGCUAGAAUUUCGUUAACCACUCAGGACUGUCUCAACAAGCCUUUUUAUUUUGAGUGUUAAAUGAUUCAACGACUUUUCGCUGUAGAUGUGACUUAAACUAUAUUAUCUGAGUAAUUCAAAUUUUCGUCGUGAAACCUUGUGCUUCCACUCAAUGAUAAAUGUGUUUUUCAAGUACUUUGAGCCACUACAAAAAAGCUCAAAUCAUUAUGUGCAAUGAUUUUUUCUUUUACUAAAACUGGGAAGAAUGAAAAAAUCAUCUUUGUUAUCCACUUCUGUUGUUCAAAUGAAGUGUUUCUUCAAACACACCUGCUUGUUGUCCUUUACUUGACUGUUUAAGUUUCCACUCUUGGAAAAUGAAUUCCACCAAAUCCAUUCUCUGGCUGUGUGCCUUCUCAGUGAUUUUUUAAGUUAUCAUCACUGUGUCUUUGAGCACGAGGAAUGAUUAGGUGUCACAGAAAAAGGAGUCAGAGUGAGUAGAUUGUAAGAAAAGGGGUCAGUAGUAAUAUCGAGGCUAAUAUCCAUAAACCAAUACCGAUACUUUUAGACGCCUACUUCUGUAUCUGUAUAUGUAUAUUCUUUGUGGUCUCAUUCUACAUUCUUUAUCAUUUCAUAUGUUUUUGUUAAGAAACAAGUGCACGUUGACAUGAUCUCUGUGUUUAUACCUGUGAUGGGCUCUGUGAUGUGUUUUCUCUAUAUAUUCCUGGAUGUUGCCCAUCUCUCUGAAGGGUUUCCAUCAUAGAGGUCUUUCUCAGGUGUGGGGGCAUCCCCCCCUCCUCUAAUCGCCUCGGCUCUACCUCGUCAUGCUCUUCUGUGUGGUUCAUUUUCAAGUGUUUGUUCAGAUUUGCGGCGUUGCCACAUUACCUUUCGACACCGGUCACGUGUUACUUCUUCUGCGUUGGCUGAAGUGAAAUAACUCCAGGUGAUGCUUCUUUCUAUGUCUGCCACGCUGCAGCUUCAUUCAUUCUCUCCUGUCAUGUUGUGACUGACAGGACAGGGCUGCUGUUGUGUGUGUGUGUGUGUCCACAUAUCAGUGUUGAGCAGAGAGGAAUCCAGAAGGAAAACCUGUAUCCUGCAUAAAUAUUGACUACGGAUUUUCCUUUAUUGGAACUGAUUACAGACUGUUGACACAAAUGUAUUAAUAUUUCUUGUGAAAGCGGACUUGGGAUCGAUAUUUUGAUGUGAAGAUAGAUUCUAAAAAAACGCACAUCUAGAUCGAACGUGUCAAUAUUUGUGGAUCGAUACACACAUCCCUAGUCAAUAGCAGGGUUUAAUUUUGAGCUCUUUGUACCCUCUGUUGUCUUACCUCGAAUGCUGGGGCCAUGGAGCUAACCUGACUCCAGUCGGUCAUUGUUUCUCACCUAUAGACAGUUUCUCUUCUCUGUAUUUAAAAAAAAAAAAAAAACAAAAAAAGACCACUUUAUUAACUUUCAUCCAUUGUCUCUCAAACCUGCUCUUCAACUUUCAACCCCAUUUUUGUCUCACCCCUCCCCUAACAGUCAGUUUUGUCCUCUCGUUCAACAGAUGCAGUGUCCCAGAAGCUGCCCAGACGCCCCCAGUGAGCAGCAGAGGCACAGGAAAUAAGAGAUUUCAGGAAACAGCAGGUCCUUAUGGUUGAGGUAGUGUUAGCUGCCCUUUGCCAUGCCUCCUGCCAUGACAGACCUCCUGGACAUAUGGGUGGCCCACUCGCCCCUGGCCAGACAUGCUCCGGACCAGGUUACCGUGGAUUUUCUGCUGCCCACUGGUAUCUACAUCCAGAUGGAUGUUCCGCGCGAAGCUACAAUUCAACACAUCAAACUGCUCUUAUGGAAGCAGGCUCAGACCUUCCCACUGUUUCCUGCCCUCGGCGAAAUGGAGAGCCACAUGUUCGAGUGUGUCAACCAGGCGGCCGUGCACGAGGAACUGGAGGACGAAACUCGCCGGCUGUGUGACGUGCGGCCUUUCCUGCCGGUCCUCAAGCUCGUGACGCGCAACUGCGGCCGAGCAGAACGGCUGCUGGACUCCAAAAUCGGCGUGCUCAUCGGCAAGGGUCUCCAUGAACUCGAUGCCAUAAAUGACCAGGAGGUGAAGGACUUUCGCUGUAAGAUGUUUCGUAUGAGUGAAGAAAGGAUGCAACAAGUGCAGAUGAUGACAUUCACGGAGUGGCUGCAGGCCUGCUUCUCCCCUCAGCUGGAGCCCACGGCAGGAACGGCCAUCACGGAUGGAGUCAACGACCGGCCGGCGGACCUUAAAGUCACCAUCCACUUCGACUUGUCACAGGACUCCGUGAGUCUGAUGGUGCCGUCAUCUUGCACCGCCACCGAGCUGACAGAGCUGGCCAUGAGGAAGUGGCUGACCACCCACGGGCCCGAGGAGGAGGCGAGGAGGGGUCCGUAUUUGCUGAGGGUCAGCCACUGCCUGGAGUUCCUCUGCGGAGACCAACCCCUGAUUCGGUAUAAGUACAUCCGCUCAUGCCUGCAGACCAUGGAGCCUCCGCACCUGACCGUGGUCCGCACCAGUGCUGUGAAGGCCAUGUUUGAAAAGGAAAUCUCUACCAUUGGCGCCGUGGUUAGCCGCAAGUCCUCCAACCCACCCUUACCACUACCUCCCAAGAGAAGGGUUCCCACGCAGGUACAGACUUGUGUGUGGGAUGUGUCUAGCCCUUUUAAGAUAGUCCUCCUGAAAGGCAGCAAGGUGAACGCAGAAGAGACUGCAAAGGUCCAGGUGAGGGCAGGGCUCUUUCACGGCACUGAGCUGCUGUGCAAGCCAGCGGUAAGCAGCGAAAGUAGCGGGCGCUCGGAUCACACGUGGAAAGACAGCACGCUGGAGUUUGACAUCUCUGUCUGUGAUCUGCCGCGCAUGACCCGCCUCUGCUUUGCUAUCUACGCUGUCAUGGAUAAAGUCAAGAAGCAGAAAUCCACCAAAAAUGCUCACAUAAACAAGUACCAGACCAUCCGCAAAGCAGGGAAGGUGCACUACCCUAUAGCUUGGGUCAACACCAUGGUGUUUGACUACAAAGGCCAGCUGAAGACCGGAGAUAUCGUUCUGCACUGCUGGUCCUCCUUUCCUGACGAGCUUGAAGAGAUGCUGAAUCCUAUAGGAACUAUCCAGACCAACCCAUACACUGAGAAUGCCACAGCACUGCACAUCCACUUCCCAGAGUACUCAUCACAUCCCAUCAUCUUCCCUCCUUUUGACAAGAUACUGGAAAAAGCUGCGGAGAUCGCCAGAGCAAGUGACUGCGGAUCCAUAGGUCGUGGGGGUAAAAAGUUCCACAUAGAGCUGAAGGAGAUCAUGGAGCGCGACCCACUCUCUCAGCUGUGUGAAAACGAGAAGGAUUUGAUCUGGACACUACGCUACGACUGUCGUGAAAAUUUCCCUCAGUCGCUGCCCAAGCUGCUACUCUCCGUCAAGUGGAGCAAACAUGAGGACAUGGCACAGCUCCAGGCAUUGCUUCAGAUUUGGCCCAAACUGAGCCCCAGAGACGCUCUGGAGCUUCUGGACUUUAACUAUCCUGACCAGUAUGUCAGAGAGUACGCAGUGAGGUGUCUGAGUGAUAUGAGUGAUGAGGAACUGUCGCAGUACCUGCUACAGUUGGUGCAGGUGUUGCGUUAUGAGCCUUACUAUGACUGUGCCCUCACCCACUUCCUGCUGGAGCGCGCUCAGUGGAACCGCAAGAUUGGACACUUCCUCUUCUGGCACCUACGGUCAGAGAUCCACAUGCCAGCUGUUUCGGUCCAGUUUGCCCUCAUCCUGGAAGCUUAUUGUCGAGGCAGCAUCCCUCAUAUUGAGGUUCUAAAGAAGCAGGUGGAGGCCCUGAAUAAACUUAAGUCGGUCAACGAGCUUAUAAAACUGGGAACCAUUAAAAGCACCCGGAGUAAAACCAAGGAUGCAAUGCUGACCAAGGAGGCCAUGAUGACCACUCUAAGACAGAGCGGCUACUCAGAGACUCUGUCGGACCUGCACUCACCUCUCAACCCCAACGUUCUCCUGUCGGGCAUCAAUGUAGAGAAGUGUCGGUACAUGGACUCUAAGAUGAAGCCACUCUGGAUUGUUUACAACAACAAGCUGCUGAACGGAGACACGUUGGGAAUCAUCUUCAAGAAUGGAGACGACCUGAGGCAAGACAUGUUGACCCUCCAGAUUUUAAGGCUAAUGGAUCUUCUUUGGAAAGAGGCCCACCUGGACCUCAGAAUUGUACCAUAUGGUUGCUUAGCAACUGGCGACCGGACAGGGUUGAUUGAGGUUGUGUCAUCUGCAGACACGAUUGCAAACAUCCAGCUGACAAGCAGCAACGUUGCAGCGGCUGCAGCGUUCAACAAGGAUGCUUUACUCAACUGGCUCAAAGAGAGAAACUCUGGCGAUGCUCUUGAACGGGCCAUCGAGGAGUUCACUCUGUCAUGUGCAGGCUACUGUGUAGCUACUUACGUCCUGGGCAUUGGAGACCGCCACAGUGACAACAUCAUGGUCCGCAGCACCGGGCAGCUCUUCCACAUAGACUUUGGCCACAUCCUGGGCAACUUCAAAUCGAAGUUCGGCAUCAAGAGGGAGCGCGUACCAUUUAUCCUCACACACGACUUCAUCCAUGUCAUCCAGCAGGGCAAGACGGGAUACACAGAGAAGUUUGGCAGUUUCCGUCAGUACUGUGAAGACGCCUAUCUAAUCUUAAGGAAGAACGGCAACCUGUUCAUCACUCUGUUUGCUCUCAUGCUGACUGCUGGGCUGCCUGAGCUCGGCACAGUCAAAGACAUCCAGUACUUAAAGGACUCUCUGGCUCUGGGGAAAACGGACGACGAGGCGCUGAAGCAGUUUCGCCAGAAGUUCGACGAAGCCCUGAGAGAGAGCUGGACAACCAAAGUCAACUGGAUGGCUCACAAUGUGGUCAAAGACAACCGCUCCUAGGGCAGCAGCAGCCCCUCAGAGGCUCGGGGGGCCAUGGGGCCGAGAGGACACACUGAGGGAAUGUGUGCGUUCGUGGGAUGGCCAAGACGUGCCAAGGAGACGGUGGGAAAGCCACCCUCGUUUCAAGAAGGGAACCUAGCAGAAUAUCCCAGACAUGAGCAGACUGACUCACAUGUACAGUUACCCCGCACCCUUACUCACUGUACCCCUCCUCACCUACACGGUGCUCCCCCCCCCGAACAUUCAAACUCAUGGUCUUGUGACAUUUCUGUGGAAUCAUAGUGGGUAAGGUCAUUGCAAGUUUUGCACAGGCAUAACAGCUGAUGGAUUGAGAAGCCAAAGGAAGGGAACUGAAGCACCCACUCUACCCACACUAAACCUUCAGAUGUGACCUGUCCACACGGGGCAGGCUGAACCACUGCUUAUAAUAUGAAGCUUGGCAGUGGUCACAUUUUUUUUUCAAAAAAACUCUGCUUGAAUGGACUAUGAAUGAGCACAUAGUUUGACGACGCCCCUGAACUGUUUUGGGUAGUGCAGAGAAAAUGGACGAGAGUGGAAAGGGCGGAGCGGAAAAAACAAAAACAUCUGACCCCCUAUGUCUUAAAAAAAAAAAAAAAAAAAGAAUGAAUGUGCACCACGGCUGCAGGAUGUGCAUCUUAACACUCACCGCUGUCUCAAAGUGUGCCUCAAAACUACACGAAGAUUGUAUCGUUUGUGAGGUUCCUUUUUCUUUUGCCAUGUAAGAAUUGAUCCUGAGAAGUCUAUGUGCCAGGCUACUUUACGAGUCCACGAAGACACCUUGCGAGGGACAGGCUGCUGGGAGAAGAAGGUGCUCUGAGCCUUUUGGUCCACUAUUUGUAUCUCAGCUCAUUGGGACCAUUGAACACUGGAAUGUUUUUAGAGAGUCAUAUAUAUAUGAGAAAUUUCAAAAUAGUCUUUUAAUAAACUCAACACUUUAUUUUAGUUUAUUUUGAAAUGACAACAUGUAUUGUUUCUGCUAAUAUUAUCAAAUCAAAAAGCAUUAUUGGACGGAACACUUAUCGCUACCCAGUAUGUCGUCCUUUUAAAGCCCCACCCAACUCACUGUAGUAACCUUCACGAGUAAAUUGGCUGAGACAUAACCAACGCUUUUAACAUGUUUGGACCAAAACAGGAGGCAAGUGUUUAGUCAUUUUAUUGUUUAUACGUUGUUUAUAAGGACCUGUUUCCAAUGAAUGUGCAAAUAUGUGCCGCUCUCUUUUUAAGUGUAUUUGUUUUUAUACGAGCAGGUCUGGGUGGGAUGUAUCAGUAGGGACAUUACACUGCGAUGCAAAGCUACUUCCUUGUUUCGACAUAUGGUGCUCUCCCAGCAUCUGCAUCUGUGUUUGAUCUGUGCAAUAUCCGAGUAUAUGAACCAUAUCUUAUUAUAUAUAUAUACAUAUAGAUAUAUAUAUAAAAAAAAAACACCUUGGGCCCAGGCCUGAGCCUAUAAUGGUUUGUCUGCUGGUUUAUGUGUGAUGCAGCUGUAUUUCGCACCACUAGCCUUCAGAAGUCUCAGACACUGGAUAUUGUCAAAUGUACAGGCUUUUAUUGUUUUGCUGUUUUUUUUUUGUUUUUUGUUUUCAUAGGAGUCUAAUUAAAGUUAUUUUCCACUGUGCUGCA